UUAAGAGAUGUCCAUAUAUUUGUUUUGUACGUUUAUCAUGUAUAUUUUCUGUGUAAAAGGGGGACCGAUGAAACGAUGUCUUGGUAAGGAUGGAAUACUCAAGUCUUACAAUGACUUUAAUGAAGGAUGCUGUCGAGGAGUUUAUAACAAAACUGUAGGAGCAGAUGACUUUGCAUGUUGUGAAGGUAAUUAUGAAGUCUAUAAUAUACACACACAUUUCUGCUGUGGGAAUCAAAUAAGAAGAAUCACUAACGAAAAACAAAGCUACGAAUGCUGCGAAAAUGAAUUAAGAGACAAAAAGAUAGGGGUUUGCUGUGAAAAUGUUUAUCACGAACAAGGAAGAAAAGGAGAAUGCUGCGGACAACUAUUGAAUAAAAAAAACGAAUAUCUUUGUUGCAAAGAUAAAAGUUCUAUUUCUACCAAACUUCAUCAGAAGACAUCAAAUCAAAAAUGUUGCGGAAUAAAUUCGUACAACAGGAAAACUGACACAAAAGAGAAUGGCUGUUGUGAAGAUGUACCUUAUUCCACAACAACAUCAGAUUGUAGCCAUGGUCAUGUUGUUCCAAAAGGACAUGCAUGGUGUAGUGUAGCUAACACACAUUACAAUCAGAAGAAUAUGUUGUGUUGCAACACAAAAUUAGUCCGAAGACAAAUAUCAAAUGGACAGUGUUGUGGUGACAAAGAAAUAGACGGCUAUAGGGAGGAGUGUUGUGAUAAGAUCUCGUAUGAUGCGCUCAAUGAACAAUGCUGUGGAAACAAAAUCAUGGGUAAACAGUAUAAAUGCUGCGAUGGAUUGAGGCUCGACACAUCUAAGUAUGUAUGUUGUGUUGAAGAAAAGGAAUUCAUGGUUGUCAAGAUUACUGGUAACGAAAAUGAAUGUUGUUUAGUAAAUGGUAGUAUAGAACUAUACGAUAUCUCGAAGCAAAUUUGCACUCAAAAAGGCGUUGCUAGUAAACCGAGGUACGUUAAAGUGUGUUUAUAUAAUUACAUUGCAUGAAUGAUUCAUAAGAAACCAUAAUUUUGAUUGGGAUACAACAGUCGCGAGGCAUUCAAAAGCGUUGUUUUAUUUCCCUAUAAAAUGCAACAUUCAUGACUUCACGUUCUUCCUAUGACA